GGACUUUUUGCAUCAGGUUAGGAGAUCAAUUUAGCUAACCAUAAAACCUAAAACCUGUCUCCUAACCUACCACAUGAAUUAUCCUAACCUGCUACAAAAAACGACUUCCGGUCGAACCUGUAUUCCGGUAGUCAGAGCCCUUGACCCGGAGAGAAGCAAACAAAUAAAGGGAAUACAUUUUUUUUCGUUUUAGUGUUUUGAUUGAUAAAGACCGACAACAUGGACGACUUCGUAAAAAAUAAAUUUCAGAACAAUGUCAAGAUUUACACUGAUCAUCUGGAGAGAAUCGUUCAGAAGUAUUCAAAGCUGCAUAAUGAUGGGACUGAGGUGAACCUGGAGGACAUAACUCCCCAAGAUGUGAGCCGUUGCAUGUUCAAGUCAGAGUUGGCGCUGUCAAAGCUGGACUUGUCAAAGAGUGAUGCUGGGCUGGCAGAGCUGUCACUAGGAGAUAUUUCUGAAAUACACAGGCCACAUGACACCACUGGAGACUUCAAGAUGGACAUCUCAUACCACCAGUAUGAUGCCAGCAGUGAUUGUGUCGAUGAGGGUUCUGUAGACACGAGUGCUGUCACUGCCCCCAGUAACGAUUCUGUUAUGCAUCAGGCUGCCGAGAACAGCCACUGGGUGGACAAUUCCAAGGUGAAUGAGACUAGAAGUAACAUGUGGGGUGCACCAGAGGAGCAGGAUGGGGAGCUGGAGCGCUCUCUGAGCGGUCAACGGAGCACUCUACGGGAGCUGUAUCCCAGCAUGCUCAGUCAGAUAGGAGAGGCCUGGAGGCGCCAACAUGUGUCCGACGCGGCUGUAGGGGUGCUAAGGAGGUACCACAGACUCAGGUGGUCGUCUAACAGAAACCUCAACCGCACCUUCAAAAGCACCCUGAGACCAGCUCACAGAAAACCUGACCUCAACAUUAGCCAAUCUAUCCUCCCAACAUCUCAGAACACCACACUGAAUGUGAGUAACCCCAAGAGUCCAAAGUUUAACCUCAAAAGGACAAACGGCACCCAUCCUCCUCCACAGACCAAGGUCAUCCUCCAGAAGUGGCCAGCAGAGAGGCAGUCACCCAGGAAACGGACAAAUUCAGGAAACGGACAACCGUCUCGCCCCUUUCCACUGAUGGACUUCUCCUCUUGUCCUUCCUCGGCAGGCUCCAGUCCUGCCGCCUCUGCUCCUCCCUCUGCAGCCUCCUCCCCUCCCUCUGCAGCCUCCUCCCCUCCCUCUGCAGCCUCCUCCCCUCCCUCUGCAGCCUCCUCCGCUCCCUCUGCAGCCUCCUCCGCUCCCUCCUCCCCUCCCUCUGCAGCCUCCUCCGCUCCCUCCUCCCCUCCCUCUGCAGCCUCCUCCGCUCCCUCCUCCCCUCCCUCUGCAGCCUCCUCCGCUCCCUCCUCCCCUCCCUCCGCUCCCUCCUCCCCUCCCUCUGCAGCCUCCUCCGCUCCCUCCUCCCCUCCCUCUGCAGCCUCCUCCGCUCCCUCCUCCCCUCCCUCUGCAGCCUCCUCCGCUCCCUCCUCCCCUCCCUCUGCAGCCUCCUCUGCAGCCUCCUCCGCUCCCUCCUCCCCUCUCUCUGCAGCCUCCUCCGCUCCCUCCUCCCCUCCCUCUGCAGCCUCCCCCGCUCCCUCCUCCCCUCCCUCUGCAGACUCCUCCCUACAGGAGAACCCUGAGCUAAAUGAGGCCCCCCUAAACCAAACCUUCACGGUGUCUAUGUCCUCUGCCCCACCCACCAGGGUUAGGUAUACUACCCUUGUCUUCAGUCCUGACAGAUCUGAAGGCCCUUCCACAGCAGGAGGGUUGAGCAGCCCAUCUCUGAGGUGUGCCGUCCCCAGUCAGAGGAUUUUCACAGCAGUACGCCCUGUGGUCAGUAUGGACAUGUCUUCAGACACAGAGAGGUCUGUCUACCGCUCCUCAGCAGCACAGAGUCCCUACAGAGCCAGACUGCUGAGCUGGGAAGGCCAGCGUGCAUCUCCUAACACUGGCCAUAGAAGCCUCAAAUCAGGCGUUGCUGGAUAUCAUCAGAGAAACAUGGUGACGGUGGAACCCAGAUCUUCCCCUGCGUUUUCCCCUUCUUUUCAGAGUCCUCUGAUGUCACCCAGGAAGCUCCACCACCUAGACACCUGCAGUACCUCCCAACUGAAAGUCCACUCAUUUCGAGUCACCCAUCAGGAGUCUACUGCUGGGGCAGCUCAGCCAAAGCUCCAGCGACAUUAUUCCCUGGAUUCAUUCUCCCCAUCCAUCAGUCUAAGGAACUCCACUAAGCAGAUCGAUGAGGACUUCCAGAAGCUCUACCACAAGCUUGUGUGUCAGGGCAAAUCGGUCCCCUCCUGUCGCAUGUGUGAGAGGAGAGCAGAGACCACCAGAGGCCCCUCCUCCUCUGCUCUGGCUGCCCUGGCCCUGUCUCCUCACCACUCUGUCAUGAGGAAGCGUCGCAGGGAGCUGGUCCAGAAACAUUCCCCAGAGUCCAAACGCUUCAGAGACAACUCCUGCGUGUACUCACCAGGAUCUCUCCGCCAGAGGAGAGAAAUGAUCAGGUGCCAGAAUCGCUUAGACAGCCACUUGUCCUCCACCCAGAGGGACAUCUUCUGUGACUCCCACACCUGGAGCCCGCAUAGGGCCAGCCUGUCUCAGAUCCGCCACAGCCCCCAUCACCACUCAGACGCAGCAGUCAGGAAAGCUGCAGGCUCCUGGUCUGGCCUGCAUGUUGAUCAGCCCUCUCCUGCUUGUAGAGCGAAAUACAACGGAUUUGCAGGGAUUCAUCCAGGAAAGUCACCUGUCAAGGCAGAGUGCCAAUGUGGCUGUUCGCCAAGUUUCUCUAGGAGACAGCUUCUGUAUAAAUGAUGUCGGCCUGCACCUCUAGAUGAUAUGCCUGACUGUUAAAUAUGUUGCUGUUUUAUAUAUCAGCUUUUAAAACAGUUCUGAUGUUCCAAUUACUCAUUUGUUACAAUGAACAGUGUUCACACAAGGUCUUUUUAUGCCCCCGUGGGAUAACAAUAACUGUUUUUUGAAUGGAUAGAUGCAUAAAAUACAUACUAAAUUACUUUGUAAUAAAAUAAGUUUGAUUUUU